AUGGCGUCGAGGCAGAUGGAGGAGAUCCAGCGGAAGCUGGGAACGCUGGGAUAUCCUCGGGGGGCCAAUGCCCCCGCUCAGUCCCUCCUCUUCGCCGGCGUAGAGCGUUACGCGCUCCUAGAGUGGCUUUUCUUCAGGUGAGAUGCUUCCCGUCGUCGGCACUGUUGAUCAUUGUGCAGGUCGCCCGCCCAAGUUCGUUUCACCCGUGCCCUGAAUGACGUCGAUUCUGCUGACUGUUUUGUUUAACAAAACCUUUGCCGUGCUCUCCGUCUGUCUAUCAAUCCGAUCAUCACCAACAUUACAUUACUGGUCCUCUCACCCCAUUCUAAAUGUGCAUUUUUUACUUGGGACACCACCUCAUUUCGAUUUUACUGCUGCUCUUAGGCUUUUCCAUAGGAUUAUUUAUUUCCCCCUGCUUCAACUAUUUUUUUGAUAUAUAUAUCAUAAUACCCUGGAACCUUUAGUUCGGUGUUGACUCGUCCUGUGAUUGACAGGCUUUUGGGGGACAAGUCACCAUUCGCGCAGCAGAAUUGGCAGGGUGACAGCAUGGAUCACGAUGAAGAGACAUCGCGCAUUCAACGUAUAUUACUUUAUUUCUCUUAUUGUACACACUUACGCAAAACUCUUCCCACCGUCAUUUCAUCACGUUCAAGACGAAUUCCGACAUAUGGCUAUUAACCGAAAAUACAACGUAUAGUACUCUAGUUACAUUGCAUGCCUGCAUCCGUUCAGUUUGAGGUACAGGACUUUUUGUUAUAAUGUCUUUUCUUUUAUUUGGUUCCCUUUUCAAUGUAUUUUUUUUACGAUUAAACAGAUUAGUACCUGAUAUAAUUUUUUUAAUCCUCGAUUCCUUUGGUAUGUGCAUUAACGUUCGUGAGACACAGUUUUAAUAAAUUGAAAAGAGAAGGAAAACUCUGUUGAUGGUCUGAGUGUCUUAUCUUAAUUUUGAUCGUUUAUUGAUCAGUAGUUCAUAUUUUCCAGCAUCGUGAAUAACAAAUAACUUUUUACUAGUGCUCUGCAGAUUUGGCUGAGAUAGCAAAUUUCUUAGGCAUCACUUCCUCAGUUGAUACAGAAGCUAUGCAAGUGAGUUACCAGUUUCUUUUUGGUUGAUCAUAUUGGUACAUUCCAUGCCAUUUCUGACCCCAUUAGAACUCUUAGUUUCGCUGCAUGUUCCAAAAAAAAGAUUCUAUAAUUUUCAACUAUUUCAUGUACGCAUUUAAAAUUCUCAAAUGACCUAUGAUGACUAUGAUGGUUCUUUAGCAGACCAUGGUAAGAGAGGCAGUGACCCAUUCCCCUGUUGCUUAGACUGGGAGAGACAUCGACCGUAUCAUUGAUUUUCAUGGUAUAUAAGCCUUAAGGAAGUGUAGGUUUAAAUGUCUAGUAUUUCAUAGGCUCAUACAUUACCAAUUUGGUUAUUUUAACGGAAUGUUAUAUCCUUUGUCUUCUUCCACGUUAUUCUCAACAACGUUGCAGACAGCUCUUCCUUUUUUUCUCUCUCUCAACUCAGGACUGACAUUAGGAAGCUCCUUCUGUAAGUCGUUUAUUUGAUGAAAGAAGUAGACAAAAGUGUCUGAUGAUUCUGUUGAAAAUAUAUCAUUGGAUCAUCAUUUAAAAAAAAUAUAAGAGUUGCAUGUAUAAAACCACCAUUGGUAUUUGAUGAAGAAGAUUGAGAACCGCUGUAACAAAAUUAAGGAAACUCUCCACUCAAAUCCCGAGUGGAAGGGCCCAGGGAGCAUCAAAAUUCAAUAUUUUCUUGGUCUCUUUGCAUGCUUCUUUGGUCUCUGCAAGUACAACCUCCAUUGCAGAUGUUUUUAUAAUUUGAUGCUGAAUCUAGCUUUUCUGGUGCAUCUUUCUUUAUUUCCUAUGUUUUGAGGAUGUUCUUGCACUCUUUUAUUUGUUUUUGCUCGUAAUAGUUAUAUGGCUUAGUUGUUGUCAAAUGCAUCACACAAACUGCACCCAGUGACUCUCUCUCUCCUUCUGGAUCACGGAAACGAGACUUGCAUCCUAAAAGGUUAUUCUUUUUGGAUUUUUUAAACCUGAUAAUUACAGGGAAAAGGUAGCUAUGAAGAACGUGUUGAAAUGCUUCGUCUUAUUGUAGAUCUUGUGGAAGCGACUUGCUACUCUGACUAUCCAGAAUGGAGGUCGAGUUCCUAUGCGUACUGUCAUAAAGAACUGACUAUUUCCUCAAUCUUAUUUAUGAUUUGACUAUUGGUAUUCCAUUUCCUGAAGUGUUGAUGAGCAGUUGACAAAGGAUGUGCAGCUGUUAGAUUCCAUAGCAGAAAAACAAGCUCAGAUCUUCUCUGAAGAGUGCAAGUUAUUUCCUGCAGACGUACAGAUUCAGUCUCUAGUCCCUUUGUAAGAAUAUUCCCGUCUUAUAUGAUUAGCGCUUACACAAACUUGGAGAAGGAACAUGAAAAAUGAUCACAUAGGGGAUGAAUAAAUGAAUCCAUUUGCAUGCUGAUUCAUUCAAUAAAUUCUUUCCGAUCUUAUCCUCACGCAGACCGGACAUUUCUGAGUUGGAGCUAAAGCUUUCCGAGCAUUCGAAGAAACUCACUACUUUACAACACAUGGUGCAGGACUUGUCAUCUAAGGUCAAACGCUUCCUUGUGCAUUCAGUUCUCUGUUAGCAAAUUUAUCUUGGCAUUAAAAUUCGAAGAAAUCUAUCUUUGUCAGGUGAAUUCACUCUUCUUGACAUAUGGGUGAUUAUUGAACUGCGUAGAAUUGUUUUCGUAUUUCCUGGGGAAUUUAAAAAUUAAAAAAUAUUUCAGAAUUUUUUGUUAUUAUCACUUGUAAUAGUCCAACCUCGUGUUUUGAUCGACACUUCAAUUACUUCCCAGGCUACUUUUUUUGCCCUUUUCUAGAAUAUUGAAUGUUAUAUAAAUCGAAUCGUUUUUUUUUCAUUUCUUGGUUUCAAUUUGCAAAUCAUUGAAGCUCUCUACACCACCCACCCUCGCAUUAUGCCUCUCCUUGAGUAAUAUUCAUCUCAUAGGGUUUAGCUGAUGUCUCGUUGAAUAAAAGCACGUAUUGAUUUAAUUAUUUUUACAGUGUACUGAAAUCAACUCGUCGAUAGACUCACCAAUUGUUCCUCGUGCAGUAUCCUUACAAUCCCAAUGAGGAAUAUGGAGAAACAGAAACCCGGCUGCGGGCAAGUCUGGAGUCCUUCCUCGAAACCGUGAGAUCCUUCAAUUUAAUAUAUACAAAGGUAAAAGUACAUGGUUGCCCGUUUUCUCCAUUUAUAGAUUUGAUCGUAUCUUCCUUCAAGGGAUCUGUGGUUUCUUUCCUGAAUCCCCAGCUGCCCCUGUCUGCGUUCUGUUGGCUGUGCUUGCUGGAGGGCACCGUAGGAGUGGACCAGUCCAUAUAACUCAUCACUUGAACCUUUCAUUGUAACUCCUGCUGUCAUCUGUGAUCCUGACUCUUGUAGGAGAUCCGGCCUUGGACACACAUGAUGGAAGUGCCGCAGCUGCAUGGCUUCGGCCCCACCGCCAAUCGCUUGCUGGAGGCUUAUAAUACUCUGUUAAAGGUAAAUAUACAUCGGUAUCUUUAUUGCAGAUGCUGCUCAUUUCUCCCUGAUAGAAGUAGAUGUCGUUGCCAAAUCCAAGCAAAUUGUGGAUAAUUAAAUCUUGGCGCAGUCUAAGAACAAUUCAUUGAGAUACUUCCUUUGAUGGGCAAUCGACUGCCACUGAGAAAUAGGUUAGCCAUUCGCACAAAAGCUCUAGGGUUUCCAAUGGCCAAGAAUUGGUCUGGCCAACAUGAUUGGGUAAUCUGCCGAGCUCAUCUGUGUGCAUCAGAUAAUUAUCUACGUGAACUUGGUAUUUUAUUAGGAUAAUUAAUGGCUGCCCUUCUUGAGAUUUUUGAUUUUUUUUUUGGCUCUAGUUGAUCGUUUUAUCUUUUUCAUGGAUCCAAUAUAGUCUGAGAUUCAUCCCUGUUGCAUUGCUCGUCGAAGAAUUUUUUUUCUUUUUUUAUAUAUAAAUCUUGUUCAUGUUUGGUGGGUUUGCUCCCUGAAACAGCAGGCGAGAUAAUAUUUAUCAUACUUUUUUUUUUUGCGCCGAGGAGUAUAGGGAACCCGUGAAGCUUCCCGUGUGCCCCUUCCCCUGUUUCUUCUUCCUCUUUCCAUGGGGGAGCCACUUCUUCACGAUCCAACGUUGACUUCUGAGGGCCAUAAAAUGACAUUUGACUAUAUCUACUCGCCUCACUUUCAUUCGACAUUCUACCCUUUUAGAGCCAUGAGAAGGGGUUAUGGGCCGUGUCUAUUUUUUAUGGGCCGGCCCAUUAUAGGCUCAAUUCGGAGGCCUAGAGACAGAACAGAGAAAAGCCUAGAAAACAAUCCCUAUAAUAUGUUUGUGCUUAUUCUCGAUUUUUCUGAAUUUCUGGUCCUCUUUUUCUUUUCUUUUUUUGUAUGAUGGCAGUUUCUGGGGAGUCUGAGGGGGCUGAGGGACUCGUACACCGCCAUGGCCGCGGGAAGGGAGGUGGCGAGCGACGGCCCUUCGUCGUCCUCCUCGGUGUCGGAGAUAAUAGCGGAGUGUGAGUCGGCGCUCACAUUUCUCAACCGCAACCUCGCCGUGCUCUCCGCCGCCGUGGCUCGGGAGCGAGGGGGAGGCCUCAGAGAUGGGUCAGCGUCUACCACCUCUUCCCUUCUCCGUUGA